UCAUAUCGUUCGUCGGGGCCUUCUUCGUUCAGCUUCAUGCCCAAUAUUAAUAUUUAAUUUAUUCUCGUACAUUUGUAUAUUAGAGCAGCAAACAAGUUUGUGCGCAUAAUAUAUACAAGCCAGCUGUCAAGUGGUGGAUUACUCAUGCACUCGCCCACGUAAACUCUAACAAUCACCAUCAAGGCGAUGAUAAAAAGAUUAGGAGCUAAGAGUAUUCAGUGAAGGCGCGGUAGCGAGGAGAAAAAAGAAGUACGCAAACAUCUUUUUUUUUUUUGGUCGUGUAAGGGUAAGCGAAGCCUUCGAAAAGCAUCGCAGUGCAGUUAUGUUUGUUGUAUCUGACAAGUUAUAAGUGCAAAAGUAAGUGGGACAGAGUGUUGUUGUCCGCAGCUUUCGGAGUUUCUGGUCCUGAUUUUGGGUCUCCCAAACUGCCUUUUUGAACUAUUUUAAAGCCUCACAAAGCCAAGAAAAUCUCAAAUAAAAAAGCUUUUGUGUGUUCGUUAAUUGACAGUAUAUACUUAUAUGUAAUAUAUAUAUAUAUUGCGUGUUAUCAGCAAAAACUAUGUUCUAUGCUGAUGCUAAAAUAUCGGCUGCUAUUGCCGACGGUGUAAUGUUUAUAUAGUUUCCGUCUGUCAUUCUGUUAUAUUGUAUUUUGUUAAUUAUUUCUUCAAUAUUAGCACCAGUUUCACGUUCCAAAGGUUAAGUCGUUCGUGUUAUUGUUGCUCACAGCAUUUUAUAGCUCUCUCGAGAGGAGAUAUCACCUAUAUAUAUAGUACUGUAAUAUAUAGUGAGUUGGAGUUGGAGCCAUUAUUUCAUCCUCGUGUCUUCGGGCGUGUAUUUUGUAGUUUUUUAAUCAUAUUCAAUAUUGUCGAACAAAAUGGUUGAGCCGAUAUUUGACUAUCAGUUUCGACUGAUUUUAAUUGGCGACAGUACUGUGGGCAAGAGUUCGCUGCUCAAGUAUUUCACCGAUGGCAAAUUUGCAGAGCUGUCGGACCCAACGGUCGGAGUCGAUUUUUUUGCUCGGCUCAUCGAAGUCAAAGACGGCACGAGAAUCAAGCUGCAGCUGUGGGACACGGCUGGACAGGAAAGAUUUAGGUCCAUCACAAAAUCGUACUACCGCAACAGCGUGGGGGCGCUCCUGGUGUACGACGUGUGCAACCGAGCGAGCUUCGAGCACAUCCCCCGGUGGAUGAUGGAGGCGCGCCGGCACAUCGAGCCCCACCGGCCGGUCUUUUGCCUCGUUGGUUGCAAGAUCGACCUGGUGACGAACGGCGGUAGGCGGGAGGUGUCCCGCGAGGAGGCGCGAGCCUUCGCCGACCAGUACGGGGUCCACCACAUCGAGACGAGCGCCAAGACGGGCCUCAACGUCGAGGAGGCCUUCCGCACCGUCACCCAGGAAGUGUACAACAGAAUACAGAACGGCGAGUACAAGGUCGAGGACGGCUGGGACGGCAUCAAGACGGGCUUCGCCAGACCCGGUGGCCUCGACUUCAAUCUCGUCGAGGCCGAGCCCGCCAAGAGCUCGUGCUGUUAACUUCUCUCCCAAAUACCUACACCGUGGAUUUUUCGACACCGACGAUGAUAACAACGCUGUGCAGAUAUACACAAACAUGUCAAGGAGUGCCUUUUUUUCUCCUUGAUGCCUGAUUUCCUUUCGUUCGUUUCUCGUCUAAAAGCCGAGCAUUGCUGGAUUGUGCCCGUCACCUCUGCUCUCCCUCUCUCUCCGUCUUGCUUGCUUUUGUUUUGAUAUUCCAGAGGGUUUUUACACGCGUCGUCUACCACAUAUUAUUACGUAUAUGAAAUAUGCAGCUGUAAAACUGGUUAAUGAUACGUUGGGGUGCUCUUUGUUUUGUACGAUUACAUUUUUUUAUUUGUUCCAUCGGGCAUUUAUUCAGUGCCAUUUUGACAAUCGUGCGUAAAAAAUUGUAAACACGAUUUGGAUAAUCCACGUUGGCACCUUUUGUACAUUGGACAUUUGUGUUUCACGCGAGUAAAAUCACAGGGUGGUUCAUUUUCGUGGGAAAUCAACGGACACGGCAUAGUUCGAUAAACAUUUUUCAUGCCAAGAAUACUUUGAGGUACCGGUUAAGGUGUAAAGUUGUAAUCAUGGACUGUGAUUUUCAAUGGAAAUUAUUCAAACUCCAUUGACACUUGUGUUUUGAUUUUGCCACGUUUUUAAGCUCGAAAUUAAAAUUUUCAUUAAUAAUUUUUUGUACUAACAUUUAUAUACGUCUCAUUUGCCGAUUUACUUUUUUUUUUUUGGUAUACAUAAAGUCAGUCAAUAGAACGCUUAUACGGAUAUUAAUUGUGCAUAAGUAGAAAACUAAUGUUGCUUUGAAAAAUUUUUUUGCAUCUACAAUGUAGUAUGGCGAUAGGUAAAUUAAGUAAGAACACACCAAAUUACUUAUUAAUCUUUGAUAGGAAGAUUCUUUAAUAUUUUGUUGGACAGGUUUUCGUUCUGUGAAUAUGAUUUUUUGUUUUUUUUUUUCGUAUAUUAUAAUGACUAAAAAUAGGUGUUUGAGUUACGCAUUGCGACGAAUACAUGAAAAAAAAAACUUUUUAUGUUUCGUCAACUAGUGAAUAAUGUUCAAUUAUCAGAAAAGACUAAACAAUCGAAACUAUGUAAGAAAGUUUAUUAUUUUAAUUUUGUAUAUAAUUUGUAUAAAUGAACAUAAUAAAUGAAACUAUACAACUACGACGUUUGAAAAAAAAGAGCUACUAGUAUGCGACAUUCAUGUAUGUGUCUUUAUAACGUUCUUAGAACAUAAGUUCACAUUAAAAUAAAAAAUAUAUUGAUAACCACAUCAUAUGUCCGUCUUCAUAAUGUUUAGAAGUAUUCGUUAUGUGAUGUUCUGUAAUUGAUCAAGUGAAUGCUUUUUUUUACAACCAAACUUAAGAUGGAAACUACUAUUGAGUUUUUGUAUGUUUAAUAACAAAAUGUGUGUAUAAAAAAAUAGAAUAAAAUAUUUUUUUAGAUUAUUGACGUUUGAGUUUAAAUUCACACAGUAACCUACUGUGCAAAAUUUUUUUAGGACUAAAAAAUUAUUAUUUUAACAAAACUACAUUUGUUUUACACAUAUUUCUACUGUAAAAAUUUUCUGCUCAUCAGCCAUUGAAACACGUUAGUAAAAUUUUCAAUAAGUUAACUACAGUAUAAUCGCAACAACAUAGAGUAGAUAUUACAACAUAACUUUAUUUCAAGAUAAAAUUAAAUUUUUAUGGUGACGAGAAAAUGUAAAAUGAUUUCAAAAUAUUGCAUCUUAUUUUU